AGAAGAAUGGAAACAGGGGCAGCGAAGGAAAGAAGACGUGCUCUCCUCGCUCAAUCCUUCCUCCCCGCAGCCUGGGAAUUUGCUUCGGGGUGAGGCUCUAGCUCAGGGGCUGGAGGUCAUCCCUGACCUUGAGCUCGCUCCCCCGCUCUCCGUGUGAAACUUAUCAGUGAGUCUCGCCACUCGCAGACGAGAGAAGGGGGUGGGGGGGUGGGGGAAGUAGGCUGCCGUGACGGGACGGGACGGGACUGGAGACGCUCUCCCCGCGGCCGCCGCUGAGGGUUUCUUGUCCCCGUUAUUUCUGUUCCAUGGGAUGGACCCCGCACACACGUUGUGUCUGACCUGAUGCGGACUGAAGGGUGUUUAAUAUGAACUCCUCUUCUCUCUUUGGAAUCUGGCUUUCUGUUCCUCUGAUCUUAUCCUGGGUAACCCCACAAGUCAGCUCUUCAUGGUGGUACAUGAGAGCUGUGGGCUCCUCAAGGGUCAUGUGUGACAACGUGCCAGGCUUGGUCAGCCGCCAGCGUCAGCUGUGCCACCGGCACCCAGAGGUGAUGCGCUCCAUCGGCCUGGGUGUGGCGGAGUGGACCGCGGAGUGUCAGCACCAGUUUCGCCAGCACCGCUGGAACUGCCACACCCUGGACAGGGACCACAAUCUCUUCGGCAAAGUUCUGCUCCGAAGUAGUCGAGAAGCCGCCUUCGUGUACGCCAUCUCCUCCGCCGGCGUCGUGUUUGCCAUCACCAGAGCCUGUAGCCAGGGAGAACUAAAAUCUUGCUCCUGCGACCCAAAGAAGAAAGGAACUUCCAAAGACAGCAAAGGCACUUUUGAUUGGGGCGGAUGCAGCGAUAACAUUGACUAUGGCAUCAAAUUUGCCCGAGCGUUUGUGGAUGCCAAGGAAAGGAAAGGAAAAGAUGCCCGAGCACUGAUGAACCUUCACAACAACAGAGCUGGGAGGAAGGCUGUAAAGCGGUUCUUGAAACAAGAGUGCAAAUGCCAUGGGGUGAGUGGAUCCUGCACCCUGAGGACCUGUUGGCUGGCCAUGGCUGACUUUAGAAAGACGGGAGAUUAUCUCUGGAAGAAGUACAAUGGGGCCAUCCAAGUGGUCAUGAAUCAAGAUGGCACUGGUUUCACUGUGGCUAACAAGAGAUUUAAGAAGCCAACCAAAAAUGACCUGGUCUAUUUUGAGAAUUCUCCAGACUAUUGUAUCAGAGACCGAGAUGCAGGUUCCCUGGGUACUGCAGGUCGGGUGUGCAACCUGACCUCCCGUGGCAUGGACAGCUGUGAAGUCAUGUGCUGCGGAAGGGGCUAUGACACUUCCCGGGUCACCCGAAUGACCAAAUGCGAGUGUAAGUUCCAUUGGUGCUGUGCUGUGCGCUGUCAGGACUGUUUGGAAGUAGUGGACGUGCACACGUGCAAAGCCCCCAAGAGUCCUGAUUGGGUGGCACCCACAUGACCCACGCAUCAACCAGCUGCCUUUUCACCCCUGGGACUCAAUCUGAUCUACAGAGACACUGGACUUUGGGAUUACCCUCCAGGGGAGCAUAUUUCUUAAAGUGUAUGGCAGGCACUUUGACUCACCAGAAGCCACCUCUCCCUUCCUGGGUGCCUCCAGGACUGUUUAGUGCAUAUAAGUUAUAUCCUAUUCUAUUUACAUUACUGGGUUGUAACACUUCCCCAUGACAUAACUAUGGAAUACCAUGAGGUCUUCUGUACUAUUGGGAGGUUUGGGGGGGAGUUUGUGGGGAGGUGGGAGAAAAGAGAUAGAGCUUGUCUUGACUCCACCCAAAUUCCCCCCCAAAAGUUGAACCAGGAGAAAGAAGUUCAAAAUGAUGUUUCUCUUUCAACUGAACUGGACACUCACAGCGAAGUGAUCUCAUGAGAAUUUCAUACAACUUCCACUAAAUUAUCUCAUAGUUCUUAGAAGGACCAUGACAAGCCUUUUUCUUUGUUGUUUUUGGUCUGAUCAAGAGAUUUUAAGAGACGCCAGCAUCAUCUGGUAAUUGGUCACUUACGUGGUUUAAAUACACCAUAAAUUUGAAAUGUAUGUUUUUCCAAGGUCAUUUGAAUUCAGCAUUAAUACCCAGUGUAAUAAGACGGGAAAAUGCUCAUGCUGAGCAAUAUUUUAAUUCUCUGCUAUAGCAUAUUUUAGGUGGGAAAGUGAAUGUUUUAUCUUCGAUAGAAAGGAAUGAAAAACCCAUUUGAAGAGGGAUGUCCUUGUUUCCCAAUAAACAUAUACAUAAGACCUGAAAACAAUUAAGAGCAAUGUUUCCUGCUUCUAAGGUAAGAUAAUUACAGAAGAUAAGAAUGUCAUGAUUGAGCAUCCAAUAAUGCCUCUGUACAGAUGAGCCAGAAAAGUGGGAAUUGAAUUCCCAUUUGGU